GAAUGCAAAGCUGGAGAGAUCUAGGGAAGGGAGGAGCUUAGAAAAAACCUUUGCCAGGAAAUCUGUGACUGUGGCUUUUUAUGAAUGGCAAGGCCUCCCAGAACCCACAAUAUAAAAGGGGGACACAGGAGGUGCAGGUCUACGCAGCAGGGGACUGGCUCUUGCAAAGCCAAACCACAAGGCCAGCUUGCAGAAGAAGCAGAUCUCUACCAUGCCCGACUCAGUGCUGCUAUGUUGCCUGGUCCUCUUGGCUGGGGUGGGAGCCAGCCUAAACCAGGAUGCCCCACCUGAGAACAGCUGCACCCACUUUCCAGCCAGCCUGCCCCACAUGCUCCGAGAGCUCCGAGCUGCCUUCAGCAAGGUGAAGGCUUUCUUUAUGAAGGACCAGCUGGACGACAUGCUGUUGAGCAGUUCCUUGCUGGAGGACUUUAAGGGUUACCUCGGUUGCCAAGCCUUGUCAGAGAUGAUCCAGUUUUACCUGAAGGAAGUGAUGCCCCUGGCUGAGAACCACAGCCCAGACAUCAGCGAGCACGUGAACUCCCUGGGGGAAAAGCUGAAGACUCUCAGGCUGAGGCUGCGACGCUGUCAUCGAUUUCUGCCCUGCGAGAACAGGAGCAAGGCCGUGGAGCAGGUGAAGACCGCCUUCAGUAAGCUCCAAGAGAAAGGUGUCUACAAAGCCAUGAGCGAGUUUGACAUCUUCAUCAACUACAUAGAAGCCUACAUGACAAUGAGAAUGGAAAACUGAAACAACCUAGGAAACCAAACCACCAGGACGUAGCUCUGCUAGACUCUCAGACGAACAUCGGAGAUCUCCAAAAUAUGAUCCAGGAUUCGGAGAGAGCCGAACCACCUCCUUGGAAAACCCUGCCGUACCUCUCUCCUAAAAUAUUUAUUACCUCUGAUACCUCAGCCCCCAUUUCUAUUUAUUGACUGUGCUUCUCUGUGAACUAUUUAGAAAGAGGUCCAGUAUUAUAAUUUUUUUCAAUAUUUAUUAUUUUCACUUGUGUUUAAGCUGUUUCCACAGGGUGACACCCUAUGGUCUUUGAGUAUUUUAAGAGAAAUUGUAAGUUAUAUAAGGAAACAAAUGUUGCUCGGGGAGCCAAAUGAAGCUUCCAUGCCAAGCCUGACCACACUUUACAGCUGUUGAGCUGUUUUCCCUGACCUUCCUGUAAUUUCUCUUGUUCCUGGGCUUGGGGCUCCCAGAAUGUCACAAAGACUCUUACACUCUUCAGAAAGAGAAACUGGGGAGCCCCUAUGAUAACUAUUAUACCAGUGGCUCAGAGAGAUUCCCCUGACCUCAGUGUCCAACGACUUCAUUCUUGAAAGCUUUGGCCAGCUUGUUAUUUAUAACAACUUACAGUUGGUUCUAAUAGAACUCAGUUUUAACUAAGAAGUAAUUCAAUUCCUCUGGGAAUGUUACGUUGUUUGUCUGUCUUCAUAGCAGAUUUUAAUUUUGAAUAAAUAAAU